AAAUUACGGCUCCAACAGGUAAACGGAAUGGUUCAGGGAAAAGACGACAGCACCACGGAACAACUUCCAGCAUGGCUGGAUCAAGAAAAAUUCGUGGAGUUUAUUAAAAGCGAUUUUCCGGAUCUUAAGGAAAUUAAAUCAUUUGAACUGGAACCAACAGGUGGAAAGGGCGAAAACUACACAACUUUGCUACUACGGGCGAAUUUCCAAUUGGAAUUGAAUGAUGGUUCUGAGAAGAGUAUCUCGUAUAUGGCUAAGAUCUUGCCCAAUUCGGGAAACAGGGAUAACGUUGCCAGCUGGAAAGUAUUUGAUAAGGAGCGCAUGACUUACGGACAAUAUAUUCCGGAAUUCGAGCAGAUGUACAAAGACGCCGGGAGGGAUAUUACCUUUGGACCGCGCUACUAUGAGUCGAAGGAUCAGUUGGAUGAGGAACUGAUCGUCUUGGAAGAUCUGGGCAAGCGGGGAUUCAAAAAUGUAAACCGCCAAAAUGGCUUGGAUAUGCUGCACACCGAAGCCACUCUGGAGAAGUUGGCUCAGUUUCAUGCCGCUUCCGCUGUUCGUUUUGAGCUCAAGGGAGCCUAUCCCGCUGAAUACAAUCGUAACCUGUGCAGCCAAGAGGAUACUUUUAAGGUCUUCCGGGAAGCCCAAACGAAGGCGUUCGUUGAAGCGUUUCCGCUCUACGAUGCCUCACACUUGGCAAAGGAUGUGGAAUCGUAUGGUCACCAUUCCCAGGACAUGUUCCAGGCCUAUGCUCCCAAGAUCGAAGGGGAGUUCCGUGUGCUAAAUCAUGGAGAUGCCUGGUGCAACAACUUUAUGUACCAAUAUGAUAAGGCGGGAAAGCUGCUUGAAACCUACUUUGUGGAUCUCCAGAUGAGUCGAUUCUCAUCACCCGCACAGGAUCUAUACUACCUGAUACUCUCCUCCACCCAAUUAGACAUCAAGAUAUCCAAAUUCGAUUACUUGGUGAAGUACUAUCAUGAAAAACUCACGGAGAACCUGAAGCUACUUAAGUAUCCAAAAUCACUGCCUUCGCUUAGGGGCUUGCAUCAGUCGUUCUUUGACCAUGCAGAUUGGAUUUUGCCAAUCGUAUCCCUUCUGUUGCCAAUUGUCUUGGUCGAUGGCAGUGAUGAUGCCAAUAUGGACAGUUUGAUGGACAGCGAAGGAGCUGGAGAUAAGUUCCGGAACAACCUGUUAAAGAAUCCCCGCAUGAUUAAACACCAAAAAGUGAUUCUUCCCUGGGCCCAUCGUCGAGGGGCAUUUGAAGUCACCAAUUAAAUGUAGAAACUGUUGAUAUACUUUUUUUAAGUAAAUAAAAAGAACUCUUAAACAAUUUCAUUAUCAGUUCAUAAACCUGUA